AUCACUAAUAGCCACAUGUCAAAGCGGGGCCCAACAAAUAGGUUCGACGCACCAGGAUUCCAAAAACACUCGCUCCAGUAUCAGAGUUGCAAAGCAAUGAGAAUGGAGACACCGACGUUGGUCUCGCUGGUUCUCCUGCCUCUUCUCCUCUGUUCUUCUCUGUCGAGCGCGAACCUGAUCGACGAUCUUCAGCUCGCGAGGCCGAGUUUCCCGAAGGUGCAGGCGGAGAAGAUGAUUAGGGAGCUGAAUUUGUCCCCAAAAGAGGAUGUGAAUGUGAUAGAUGAGGGCCGCGAUUCUGUAGCUGGACCGAGGAUCGUUGAGAGGCGAUUCAGGUUUCCUAAUUUGACUGAGAGUGCGGUGUCUGUGGAGGAUUUGGGGCACCACGCUGGGUAUUACAAGAUUGCGCACUCGCAUGAUGCUAGGUUGUUUUACUUCUUCUUUGAAUCACGCAACAGUAACAAGGAUCCUGUUGUAAUCUGGUUAACUGGAGGGCCAGGAUGCGGUAGUGAAAUGGCUAUGUUUUAUGAAAAUGGUCCCUUCACUAUUGCAGAUAAUAUGUCUCUUCUAUGGAACGAGUAUGGCUGGGACAAGGCAUCAAACCUUCUAUAUGUUGACCAGCCUACUGGAAGUGGCUUUAGUUAUAGUUCUGAUAAGCGCGACAUUCGCCACAAUGAAGAUGGAGUUAGCAAUGAUUUAUACAACUUUCUACAGGCCUUCUUUGAGGAGCAUCCUCAGUUUCAAGGCAAUGAUUUCUACAUUACUGGAGAAUCGUAUGCCGGGCAUUAUAUUCCUGCUCUUGCUGCUCGAGUCCACAAAGGAAACAAAGCUAAGGAAGGAAUCCAUAUAAACCUGAAAGGAUUUGCCAUUGGUAAUGGACUUACUGAUCCUGCAAUUCAGUAUAAAUCAUACACAGAUUAUGCAUUGGAGAUGGGCAUAAUUAAGAAGUCCGAUUAUGACCGUAUCAACAAAGUCGUUCCAGUUUGUGAAAUGGCUGUAAAGCUUUGUGGCACUGAUGGUACAGUCUCCUGUGUGGCUUCAUAUUAUGUUUGCGGUGCCAUAUUGGAUAGCAUAGCGGCAGUUAAUGGUAAUGUCAACUAUGACAUUCGAAAGAAAUGUGAGCGGAUCCUUUGCUAUGACUUCUCAAACAUGGAGAAAUUUCUGGCUCAGAAAUCUGUUAGGGAUGCACUUGGUGUUCCUGCAGACUUAGACUUUGUCUUUCUUAAUCCAACAGUGAAUAAGGCCAUGCUUGUUGACUGCAUGAGGAAUCUUGAGGUGGGCAUUCCUGCUCUUCUUGAGGAUGGAAUCAAGCUGCUUGUAUAUGCUGGAGAAUAUGAUUUCAUCUGCAACUGGCUUGGUAAUUCAAGAUGGGUUCAUGCCAUGGAGUGGUCUGGUCAGAAAGAGUUUGUGGCAUCUCCUGAAGUUGCUUUCACAGUUGAUGGUUCGGAAGCUGGGGUACUCAAGAGCUAUGGGUCUCUUGCUUUCCUUAAGGUCCAUGAUGCAGGUCACAUGGUUCCCAUGGACCAGCCAAAGGCUGCAUUAGAGAUGCUGGAGAGGUGGAUUAAGGGCACACUGUCUGAACCUCCUGCUGAUCCAGAAAGAUUGACCGCAGACACGUGAUUCCCCGUAGUUCUUCUCCAGGUCCCUCGUACAAAUUUUGUGCAUAAAGUAUGAGUGAUCAUUAGUUAUAUGGUUAUUAAGUCACUCAGUAUACUAUGCACCAUGCAGUGUGCAAUACCAUUCUCUUAAACUAAUAGGAGCAGGAAGAUACUGCAUGCCCUUGUAUGGAUGUCAAAAUUAGUUGCAACCCCUCUUCGCGGACCGGGCUUGGUCUGCUUGGGUUUUCGGCCCACAUGGCUUUGAAAAGAGUCUAGAGAAGAGAAUUAAAGUGGAGGAGACAAAUCAUUAAUGUUGUAGUGAUUCACUGUCACUUAGGUUUGCCAUGUAUUUAUCAAAAGCUUGAAUCCGAAGUUAGAGAGCUUUAGUCACAACCCGAUUUAUACUAAGUGUACCUCGAUUUUGCUUUGACUGUCUUUUUUGAAGACAUAUGCUUUUGACUUUGUCUUUUAUGAAGACAUAUGUUCUUUACACCCUAUCCAUCAUCAUCUCUUUCUUCUUCCUCACGAGCACCCACGGUCAAUCAUGGUGUUGUUGUCGUCCGAGUAUUAGGGUGUGUUUGUAAAAUGUCUCAAAUUUAUGUAGUUUGGGUGUAUUUAUAAAAGUUUAGAGUUU